AUGAAAAAUGCAAGUGAUGGCUCGGAAAAAGCGCCCAGCAUGAGUGAACAAUCAAGAGAGGUUAUCAAAUCCCUUACCGAUCAUCUUACUGAUUCUAGCGAAAACUCCACGAUCGCAUCCGUUUUGGAACAAUACGGCUCAUUAUUUGAUACAACGACCAGAAAAGUCAUUACUCCAAUUCAUCAUGUCAUCGAUACAGGCAAUCAUUCACCAGUUAGUGCAAGACCGUAUUUUAAAACAGUUCAACAGCGCAAAGAUAUCCAGCAAGAGAUCGAUAAAAUGCUGAACAAUGGAAUCAUAAUACCAUCACAUGCACCUUGGUCAUCUCCGGUCAUAUUGUUGAAAAAGCCAAAUGGCGAAUUCCGAUUUAUUGUCCACUACCGAAAAUUAAAUGCUAUCACAAGAAAAGAUUCAUAUCCUCAACCAACAACCGAGGAACUUUUACAAAGAUUGGGUGGACAUAAGUGGUUUACAAAAUUGGAUCUGAAGUCUGGAUAUUUCCAGAUUCCAAUUCAAGACUGUGACAAAGAAAAAACAGCAUUUUGUACCCAAGACGGUCUCUAUCAAUUUGAGAUAUUAUCCAUGGGACUCAUGAACGCACCACCAACAUUUCAACGUGUCAUGAACAGCAUCAUUGGCUACAAACGAUGGGAUUUUGUGGUAGUGUAUCUCGAUGAUAUUAUCAUCUUCUCCAAUUCACUCGAAGAACAUCUGAAACACCUGAAUGAGAUUUUGCCAACAUUGGACCAACAUCAGUUUCAACUGAAUCACAAAAAAUGCAUCGUAGCUGUUCAACAAGUGGAAUUCUUGAGUCAUAUUAUUACAUGUGAUUCCAUUUAA